AAUAUAAUUAUUUGUAUUUAAUUUUUGUAAAGACGUACAAAUGGAUGAGAUUGAGGAUUUCUUUAAUAUAUCGAAGGAUUUUAAACGGGUUCGUGCACCUGCUCCUCUGCCCAAACCUAUACUUGAACCAGCUCCCUCGACAUCUAAACGCAUAAAAGGAGAAUCUGAUAGUCCUGAACGCCGGUUCGCCAAACAAGCAAAGUUGGAGGACGAGGAUGACAAGAAGCAUUUUAAGUGUAAAAUUCAUGCUGUGAAUGCCCCACUUCCUGAAGAGAGCAAUGUGUUCUUUGAUGAAAACGAAGAGGGACAGCGAAAUGUCCAUUUAAAAAUUGAUGAUGGCGUCUACGAUCGAUACGAAUUCAAUUUGGAGCGUGACUCUUCAUUGCCCAUACACGAUGCGAAAGAUGAAAUUCUAAGCACGAUACGAAAGAAUCCUGUUGUUAUUUUGGAAGGUGACACUGGAUGUGGAAAAACUACGCAAGUACCCCAAUAUAUUCUGGAUGAUGGUUAUCGACGUCGAGAAUAUUGUAAAAUUGUUUGUACACAACCCCGUCGAAUCGCCGCUAUUUCAAUUGCUCAGCGUGUUUGCACAGAGCGUGGAUGGGGAAAUGGCACAGUAGUGGGUUACAAGGUUGGUCUUCAUGCAAAUCUGUGCGAGGACACUCGUCUUGUCUACUGUACUACAGGUGUUCUGCUGCAAAAGCUUAUAGGUGAGAAAACCUUGACACCCUACACUCACAUCAUACUUGAUGAAGUACAUGAACGUGAUCAGGAAAUGGAUUUUUUACUGAUUGUUGUGAGAAGACUCCUAUUGACGAAUUCAAAGCAUGUUAAGAUUAUAUUGAUGUCUGCAACAAUGGACACAACUGAGUUUGCAAAUUAUUUUUCAAUACGAAAAAAUCCUGCACCCGUUGUAAAGGCCGAUACACGACGUCUGUUUCAAGUCAAAGAGUUUUAUUUGGAUGAUUUAAAUGAUCUAAACAAUCAUAAAGUCACUGUUGAGUUAGACCGGCCAGGCAUUACAACGGACAUGUUUCAUUUGGCUUUAAAAUUGAUUGUGAUCAUCGAUAACAUUGAGAAACAGGAUGCAAUUUUAAAUCCAAAUUUGGAUGAAUCCUCAAGUAAAACUUCAAUUUUAAUAUUUUUACCUGGUAUCAAUGAUAUCGAACAAAUGUUAAGGAAGAUUCAGUUGCUGUGUCAAACAGAAAAAGAUAAAGUGAAACUAUGGUGCAUUCGCUUGCACUCCGUCGUAUCGCCAGAGGAACAAGUCAAAGUUUUCCAUCGUCCUCCAAAAGGUUAUCGCAAAGUAAUUUUAGCUACUAAUAUUGCGGAAAGCUCAAUAACCGUACCAGACGUUAAGUACGUUAUUGAUUUCUGUUUGACUAAGGUUUUGGUUACCGAUAGCUCCACCAAUUUUACCACACUUCAAUUGAAUUGGGCCUCUAAGGCAAAUUGUCGCCAACGAUCGGGUCGAGCGGGACGAGUAAUGAAUGGACGUGUUUAUCGUCUGGUUCCUAAAGCCUUUUAUAAGGAUUACCUCGAUGAGUUUAGUAUACCGGAAAUGUUACGUUGUCCUUUGGAAAAUGUGGUCUUAAAAGCUAAACUCCUCGAUAUGGGUUCACCCCCUUGUGUUCUUGGUCUAGCCAUGAAUCCGCCCAUCUUGAGUGACAUACAAAAUACGAUAUUAACUCUGAAAGAGUUGGGUGCCUUAUACAAAUGCACUGAAGGUGUUUAUAAAACCGAUGAUGGUGAUUUGUCGUAUAUAGGUCGCAUAAUGGCCAAUUUACCGUUGGAUAUAAGACUUAGUCGACUCAUUGUUUUCGGAUACAUUUUUAGUGCUUUGGAAGAUACCAUAAUUAUAGCCGCCGGUUUAAGUGUUCGUUCCAUAUUUCGUCCAGGAAAUUUUAAACAGCUAGGCGAACUUAAAGCCUAUAUUCAAAAGCUUAAAUGGGUUGAUGGUUCUGGUUCAGAUCUUUUUGGUAUUCUUAGAGCCUACAAGGAAUGGCUUACCUUAGACCCCGAAGAUGAUGAUGGUCAACAUGCCUGGGCUAAUCGUAAAUUCAUAAAUUUACGUUCCAUUCGUGAAAUGCAUCUAUUAAUCGAUGAGCUGAAACAACGUUUGGCUGCUUUUGGCAUUAAGACAAUUAAUAUUUAUGCAUCCCCCAUCUGGGAGGAAUGGGAGCAGGCUUUAAUAUUGAAAACAAUUAUUGCUGGAGCAUUUUAUCCCAAUUAUUUUGUUUACAGUAAGGUUCAAAAUCCCGAUAAUGAACGUGAAAAUUCGCAUACAUUGUGUGGUCACAAUCCCAAUCGCACAGUUUUCUUUACCAAUUUCAAUACCAAUCACAUUGGACAAUUGUAUACACGUUCCAUUAAGGAGCUAUUUAAACCAGCCAAUAUUAAUCCGAAAAAUAUUGAUGUCAUCUUCUUGGCGAAUUGUGAACGAGUUUUGGUGGUAUUCAAGGACGAUGUGGAAGGUGAUAACGAUGAUGAUGGUGAGGAAUGUAUUAAAACUCCUGGUUCGGCAUGUGCGGAAAUUUAUAAGGCUAUUCGUAUGCGUUCCUUAAAUUUGCCCAAUUCAAUUGAUGUUAUGGAAUCACGAGCCGGUGUCAAGUAUGCCGAAGAGCGUGGCUUGGGAGCUAUGUGUGAUGGAGCUUGGAAACCCACCAAACGUCUGCUGGUAAAUGCUGAGUUAGUUGUUUUACCUUCAGUGUUCCAAAAAGAUAUAAGCGGCUACAUUACUCAUAUUGAAACCUGUAGCAAAUUUUAUUUUCAACCUCUUUCGGAAAUGGUGCGCAUAAAUGAAAUUCAAGAAAUGCUUCAAGAUGCCAAUGAAUAUGAGGAUUUGAAAUUUCCCCAUGCUGGAGCUAUUGCCAAUGGUAUGAUAGUGGCAGCACCAUUUGAUGGCAAAUAUCAUCGUGCGAAAGUUAUCAAAAUUAUAAAUCAAUCGAAACGUAAUGUGCAGUGCAAGGUUUUCUUUAUCGAUUAUGGAAAUGUAGGCCUGAUUGAUUUUCAAGAUUUGCGUUACCUAUCGGAAACAUGUAAAUACUUGUCCGAUAUACCGCCACGUCUUUUCCAAUGUCGUCUGGCCAUGGUUGAGCCAUCAACACUGAAGUCCCCAAUAGGCAAAUGGACCGAUGCGGCCAUGGAAUAUAUGCAAGAGCAGGCUGAUGCGGGUGUAGUAGAAAUUGAAAUUUUUUCAGUGGUGGAUGGUAUAUCGAAUGUCAUCAUUAAAAAGGAUGACAGCACAAUAAAUCAUAUAUUGGUAGAGAAGGGUUUGGCGCGUAGUGCCGAUGAAAGUUUUAUGUCCAAGACUGAUCACGAUUUUCGCAUUCGCAAACAAUCGGUGGCAAAUCGCUUCAUGGAUGAUGAUCAUUCCAGACAAAACGAAGAGUAUUUGCGCACAAUUAGACCGGAAAUUGAUAUGGACAGUGAACCACCACCCAAGGAGUUGUGUACCAGGUCCAUAAGACUUCGUGGUCCUUAUAGCGCUCUUGAGGUUAAUAUAUUCUCUGCCAUUCGAAUUGGUACCUGGAAAUCGGUACAAAUCGAUAGAGAAUCUGUUAAUUAUGUUAAUCUGGACAGUGACCCGUUUGAUAUGUAUGAACGCAUGAUAGUGGCAGCUGGUGUUACAGAAUCUCCCAAUGGUGACACACUGAUAGCCAGAGGUACCUCAAGAAUGCCCAAUAUGCAUGGAUUUGGUGCUUUUAUGACCAUGUUAUUCUGUCCUACCAUGCAAAUUAAAUGUAAUAAAACUCGUACAAAAUAUGUAGCCAUUCUGGCUGGCCUGGGUUACAAUGAAGACAACUAUAUACCUCUAUAUGGAGAACAUGAUAUUGUUCUUAACUUGGAUGUUGAUAUUUUACCUGAUGAUAUAGAAUUGAUUAAUGAAAUUCGAGCCUCUAUGGACAGGUUACUUUAUGUAGAACCCCAAGAGGAGCGUCCUAAUAUUCAUCCCAAAGAAAUAGAAACUAGCAUAUUGUCAAUUAAAACUCUUUUAUUCAGACUUCUUAGCAAACAGCGUAAAUAUAUUGAAAUUCAUGUGGAUGUCAACGAUAACAAGUGGGAGAAAUUAGACGAAAAUGAAAUUGUCAAUCCCUCAUCAUUAACCAGGCAACGUUCCCUAUUUCCUUGUUUGCCUCAAUUGCGUUUGUAUGAUGAGAAGUUCGAUCGUACACAUUCCCUUAACAUGCAUUGUCAUGAAUUACAUCGUCUUAGACAAUUCGAUGGCACUAUUCAAGCCACAACAUGUCUUCUCUGUGGCGUAGCCCUUGAUAAUAUUGUUCAACUUCGAAUACAUCUUCUAUCUCAAUUGCAUCGGGAUCGUGAGCAUCAGAUACAGUUUCAGCCUACACAAACAUAAUUAGGAUAAGUAAAAAAUGGACAAAUGCCAAUUAAAGUGUAUAAGAAUUGAUUAACAAUAAAAGAAAUGUAAUGUAA